UUCAUCUUUUUACAUCGAAAUUAUAGCCGGCUUCUCCAUUGCCCUACAUUUCACUCCCAUCAGCAUUCUUCGUCCAAGCAUUGUUACGAUUCAAAGUGGCUGGGGAUUCUCUUUUCUCGGGUAUCUUUUCCCUUCCUCUUGCUUUUGGAGGCACCAGCUCUGGAAAUCGCAAAGUUGCUCUUCGUCGAAGAAAUCCAAGUUCAAAAUCGUCCAGAUUCCCACCAUGUAUCAACACCCUCCUCCAGGCCUCCACAGGCAUCCAACGUUUGAACCGCAAUGCACCCACGCCACAAUGACGAGGAUCUACAGCCCAACUCUCCUCUGUUCCAGCUGUCGCUAUCCUGGCCCGUCUGGAUGGCUGUACCAGUGUACGCAAGAUAGAGAGGACCUGAUCGAACACGCCGUAAGGCAAGGAGAGUUUGUCAAUAUGGAUCAUGUCGGCUGUCAACUGACCCCAAUGAUGGGCAUACGGAAAGGGACUCCUGCUGCUCGCGAAGAUCGUCUUAGCUUCUUCAAGGAGAUUAGCCAGAAACAGCUUGCAAGAUAUCAUCCCGACCAAAUUGCAAAAAUACUGAGACAACGUGAAAAUGUCCAGCUUGCUAUCCAGCGAGACAAAAUUCAGAAGAGCAGUGCCGCGAUCCUCAGCCGCCUCGCUCAGCCCUACGGGUUAGAUAGUGCUUCGUGUAGCAUUGGGCUUCAAAAACCAUGGCUGUGUAGCCCGCAAGAGGAAUGUCAGUAUCGUGUCUGCCAAAACUGUCGACCAAGCUACGCAGACCGCGCAUUUCUCAGUCUCAACGCCGUUGCUAACGGGGAAGUACCCCCUACUGCCGCAGCUGGGUACAGCUUCCACCUCCUUGGCCAGCGGCCUGUCAUAGAUGCGAGCAUCCUCCUGAAUAUAGGCUGUCGCCCAGUCCCCUUGCCUCGCUCUUCUCCUGCCAGUACAGAGCAUGACUCGCCCGCGUCGACGAUGAGUGUCAUGGAUUUGCUCGACGCCCAGAUCGCUCGCGGACGUAUUCUAUGGACAAGACGAACAGAUGACGCCGAGAUAGAAGAGUAUGAUGCGGACUAUGACUGGUCUCUAAUGCCCAUGGUAUCCAACAUCACCUCUGGACAUUUGAAGUACUCUCCUGGGUGUGAGAAUCUGGGUGCGCUUUCAGAAAAUACUACAUCGAAUACUUUUGAUCCACAGCAAUGGACACCUCCUCCUUCAGUGAACAAUCUGCCGGGAAAUGAGAAUACAGAAGAUGAUCACAGUAGCACUUCCUCCAAGAGAGCACAGAGCGCACCAUCAUCCGAAACAGAUACAUCGCAGCCAGCUGAAGGUCAUGUCAUCGGCCAUCUUCGUGAGCUAAGCCUUGACGAAUCAUCAAACAAACCAGCUGCUGGAUCGUCACACCCAACGAGCAAAAAGUUUACUCCCUUGCCCCUAAAAGUUCCUCAUGGCAUAGCAGUGCUAGAAGAGAGCGUCGAGCUAGGGGUUCCAGAUGUUAUUACGCAGGCCUGAUUCAAUACUCUCCUCACAGGGCUCUUUUAAUUUGCAUUUCUUCUCUGUACUAUACUUGUUUCGGUU